AUGGUAGAUUACUUUAGAGGAAACAAAACAGUUGAUGAACAAGUUUAUGAAUUACUCAAUACAUAUCGAACACCAUUUUGGCUUAAUAAAUAUGGUUGGUUUGUUCGAUGUGAUUGGAAUCCAGGUAUUGGAAACUUUUAUCUUUAUACUUUGCCAUAUGCUUUUGACUACUUUGAUAUAUCUGAUUCAACAAUUUGGAAAUCAACUUGUCUUGAUGAGAAGAAUCAAUACUCAUACGAUGCUGUGCAUCAUUUAAACUAUGAUGUUAAACCUGAACAAUUUCCCCAACUCUCUGUUAAAGCUAUGCACAAAUUACGAUUAUUAUUUGUACAAUGUGACGAUGACAAAGGAGGAAAACGAUAUCGAAUAGAAGAUGGUGAGGAAGAGGAAAACUCAACAGAAGAUGAACUUCUCAGUUGGUUACGGCAGCAAUUGGCAGGUAUACGGCCAUUCAUUGAAAUAUCUCGUUCACGCUACACUAUUGUAUUGAGAUUAUUAUAG